AUGGGCUCCGUCGCAAACCUUCCCAAGUCCGGCACCUUCCUUUUCACCUCCGAGUCCGUCGGAGAGGGUCACCCCGAUAAGAUUGCUGACCAGGUUUCUGAUGCCAUCCUCGAUGCCUGCCUUGCUGAGGAUCCUCUCUCUAAGGUCGCUUGUGAGACCGCCACCAAGACUGGUAUGGUCAUGGUCUUCGGUGAAAUCACUACCAAGGCCCAGCUUGACUACCAGAAGGUCAUCCGUGGUGCCAUCCAGGAUAUUGGCUACGAUUCUUCCGAUAAGGGUUUCGACUACAAGACCUGCAACGUCUUGGUCGCCAUUGAGCAGCAGUCUCCUGAUAUCGCCCAGGGUCUUCACUACGAGGAGGCCCUUGAGAAGCUCGGUGCUGGUGAUCAGGGUAUCAUGUUUGGUUAUGCCACCGACGAGACCCCUGAGCUCCUCCCCUUGACUGUCAUCCUUUCCCACAAGCUGAACAAGGCCAUGACUGAUGCCCGUAAAAAUGGCACCAUCCCCUGCUCCGCCCUGACACCAAGACCCAGGUCACCAUUGAAUACGCACACGACAACGCACAGCGAUGAUCUCUCCACUGAGGAGAUCCGUGUUGCUCUCAAGGAGAAGAUCAUUAAGCAAGUCAUUCCUGCUGAGCUGCUCGACGACCGCACUGUCUACCACCUUCAGCCAUCCGGCCGUUUCGUCAUUGGUGGUCCCCAGGGUGACGCCGGUCUGACCGGCCGUAAGAUCAUCGUCGACACCUACGGUGGCUGGGGUGCUCACGGUGGUGGUGCUUUCUCUGGAAAGGAUUACUCCAAGGUCGAUCGUUCCGCCGCCUACGUUGCCCGUUGGGUCGCUAAGUCCCUGGUCAACGCUGGUCUCGCUCGUCGUGCCCUUGUCCAGCUCUCCUACGCCAUUGGUGUCGCUGAGCCCUUGUCCGUCUUCGUUGAGACCUAUGGUACUUCCCAGAAGACCUCCGAGGAGCUCGUCCAGAUUGUCCGCAACAACUUUGACCUCCGUCCUGGUGUCAUUGUCAAGGAGCUUGAUCUGGCCAAGCCCAUCUACUUCCAGACCGCCAAGAACGGUCACUUCACCAACCAGGAGUUCUCCUGGGAGAAGCCUAAGACCCUCAAGUUCUAA